UAGUGAUUACUCAAAAAAUGCCAAAUGAAUGGCCCAUGUAUCCUGUAAUCUGAUUGUGGUAGAAAAUGGCAAAAACUUACGAUUAUUUAUUUAAAUUACUCUUGAUAGGUGAUUCCGGAGUGGGUAAAACGUCUAUACUAUUUAGAUUUUCAGAAGAUGCUUUCAAUAUAUCAUUUAUAUCUACCAUUGGGAUCGACUUCAAAAUUCGGACAAUAGACCUUGAUGGUAAAAAAGUAAAAUUACAAAUAUGGGAUACAGCAGGACAGGAGCGGUUCCGUACAAUAACAACAGCGUACUAUCGAGGUUCAAUGGGGAUUAUGCUGGUUUAUGAUGUUACAAAUGAGAAAAGUUUUGAAAAUAUUAAAAAUUGGAUAAGAAACAUUGAGGAGAAUGCAAGCGCCGAUGUGGAAAAGAUGAUACUUGGAAAUAAGUGUGAUUUAGAUUCUAAAAGACAGGUCUCAAAAGAACGAGGAGAACAAUUAGCUAUAGAGUAUCAGAUUAAGUUUGUAGAGACGUCAGCUAAAGACUCAUUAAAUGUUGAGUAUGCAUUCUUCACGCUAGCAAGGGAUAUCAAGGCCAAGAUGGAGAAAAAACAGGAAGCAAGCAACCCGGCGCCGCGCACCGGGGCGCACCAGCUGCGUGCCAACGAGCAGCAGCGGAAGCCGACGUCGUGGCUGGCGCGCUGCUCGCUGCUCUGACGGCGCCCCGCCCGCGCGUCCCUCGCACCACGCCACAACACCCUACUCUAAAGUGGACCGUAAACGUACCCACCUCUACUAUAUUUUUCGACCUACAACUUUUUGACUGGUGCAUCGACUCCUGAAGGGGAUGAGACUUGCUUUUGUAUUUUUAUAUCCGCGAUUAUACCUACUUUGUCUCUUAGUUAAUGAUCGAACAGUAUUGUGUCGUAAAUUACAUGUACAUUAUUUUAACAUCUGAAGUGACGAUUCAUAUUUUUAGGGCGAA